AUGGACUUCACGAAGGACACCAACCCCAUAUUUCCGCCCCCUGAACCGUAUCAGCUACCAACGUGCCACCCGAAGGAGCUCGUGCCCAUAGAAGCCCCAGCCUCGGGAGCAGAAGCGGCCGGACGCCCGAACCCAGUACCUUCGCCCCCGCGGAACUCUCUCCUCGACGCGUGGUUCACGCUUUCCACCCAUCUCGUCCCCUGCGCCUCCCCUCGGACCACCCCGGACAUACCGCUCCCGCCGCUGCCGAAAUGGUCCCCCAAUAAGGACGAGUUCAAGGCGUCCGCCAAGAAGACGGCGGAGACCAUCUUGGACGUGAAAGAGAAGCAAUGGCGUGGCGAGCUAGACCACCUCCCGCUGGGGCGCAAGUCGAUGUGGAACUGCGUGAAUCGUUAUGUUAGAAAGCAGCACGCGAGCGGGAGUGACCCUGCGGAUGGCCUCACGCUGUUCUGCGCUCACGCCAACGGGUUUCCCAAAGAGAUUUGGGAGCCUGCGUUGCAGCGUCUCAUAGAGACUCAUGAGGCUCACGCUAAAUACGUGAUCAGCGAGGUUUGGCUCUGGGAGGCAAGAAACCACGGCGACGCUGCGCUCGUCAACCGAGACCAGCUUGAUGGCAUUUUCGACUGGCGGGACAACACCAGAGACAUCCUGAACUUCCUCUGGCACUACCUGCCCCCAUCCGCGUCGGCCGACCCUCUCCCGACGCACCUGCCUCGUCUGCCCCAGGCCGAAAGCGAGCAGCGCCUCGCGCAGGGCUUGCAAGGGCGCAACAUCGUAUACGUAGCCCACUCCUUCGGCGCAUGCAGCACCGUCCGGGCUGCGAUCUCGCACCCUGUGCUGUUCAAGCACAUCGUCCUAGUCGACGCCAUGAUCCUCCCCGCGCCGUACGCAGAACCAGUGAGCACCCAGCCCACGCGCAACUAUGUCCUCGGCGCCGUCGGGCGGCGCGACGGCUGGUCCUCCCGAGAGGAAGCGCUGCAGCAGUUCUCCGCGAUCCCCUUCUUCGCGGCGUGGGACCCCGCCGUGCUCAAGAUCUACGUCGAGUGCGGGCUGCACGCGGGGCCCGAUGGGCAGCUGAAGCUGAAGAUGCCCGGGGUGCAGGAGGCGGUGUGCUUCGCGGAGAACUACGCGCCGUUUGAGUGCUUCGAGCUGCUGUCGGGGUUGGACGAGCGCGUCGAGCUGCGCUGGCUCGUCGCGGGGAAGCUUACCGCACACGAGCACGAGCUACGGAGGAAGACUGUGUAUAGACGGCCGGCGAACUCGUCGCAUGUCAGGGUGUUCUCGGCGGGACAUCUCAUCACGCAAGAGGCCCCGGGCGACCUUGCGAAAGAGAUACACGAGUUCUUGAACAGCAGAUAUGGCACACCGAAGGCGCUGCUAUAGAGCGGCCGGGCUAGAGCUACAUACACCCGCAGUACAUAGACAUGUAGGCCACUAUAAAGGACGGAAUAUUUAACGGGAUAUAUAUCACAGCGACCUGCAGCAACACAACUCACGAGCCACUCCACCUCCAGCCUCACAUCCGCACCCCCGCGACAAGCACGAUCGCAACCACGAACGCCGCAAAGAUGAGCACGCCGCUCGCCGCCGCCGCCAUCCGACACCGCUGGAUCCACGGGUCGACGCCCCGCCUGCUCGAGCUCGGCAAGCACCGCUUCAGCUUCCGCGUCGACGUCCCGCUCCCCGUCGACGGCGUGAGCGACUCGAGCGACGGCGCGACGAGCGGGUACCACGACUUCGCCUUGAUCCGCCGCUCCGCCGCGCUCUUCACCCGCUCCGGAACAGGCACGCUCCCCGCCCCCUGCUUUUCGCCCUCCUUCGCGUCUGGCAGCGGCGGCGGCGGCCCGCUGUUCUUCCUCCGCCGGUGCCACAGCGGGAGCACCGGCCCCGUCUCCGCCGCGAGCCCGUCCGUGCUGACUGCGCCCGCGCGCGUGAGCAGCCACCCGCCGAUGAGCCAGCACCACGGCGCGACGAAGCCCAGCCAGAACAGCAUGCACGCGUGGCUCGGCUGCGCCUUGUGCUUCGGGACGGCCCCGGGGGGCAGCACGAAGCGGUCGGAGCCGAACGAGAGGCCCUUGAGCCAGCGCCGCUGGAGGAACGACUCCGAGCUCGACGCUGGGGACGCGCUGCGCGUGUACGUGCGCGGCGUGCCCGGGCCCGUGCUCACGGUCGGGGGGCGCAGGCUGGAGCGGGAGGUCGGGCGCACGACCCCGAACUCGGCGUUCAGCAGGUCGACGUCGAACAGGCCCGCGGGGAGCGGCCGGGUGCCGCGCUGCGUCGCGUCGGUUUCUUCGGUAUCCGUGCCGUCUGUGCCAGUGGAGUGCGCGUAGUCGUGUGCAACGAAGAUGGGCGGGCCCGCCUCGGCGUCGGGCGAGUUGAGCGAGGGCGCGGUGAUGAAGCUCGCGCUCGUGCGCGCGGACGCGCCGUCCUCGUAGAUC